AUGGAAGAAGUCGUAAAAAUUUUACAAAAUAUACAAGAUGACAUAUCAAAGAAUAAGCAAGAAAUGAAAGAGAUGGAACUAAAUAUUAAAGAAUUUAUAAAUAACAAAAUAGAUGAAAAAUUUCUCAUUUUCGAAACCAAAAAUAAAGAGUUGGAAACAAAAAUUGAACAACAACAAAAAACUAUAGAUAUCUUAGAUAAACAACUCAGAAGAAAAAACGUUAUAUUUUUUGGAAUUGAAGAGAAAGAGAAAGGGUAUGAAAGUUUACUCUCCAUAGUGUUAGAUAUUAUCAACAACCAGAUGAAAAUACCUUGCCAGAAAUGGGAAAUCGAACACGCUAAUAGGAUAGGAAAAAACACAGGUAAAAUCAGGCCAGUAGUUGUCACAAUAACAACAACAAGCAGGAAAAUAGAGAUACUUAAGAAGAAAAAAUCGCUGAAGGAUGCAAAUAUUUACCUAAAAGAAGAUUUUCCGCCUAACGUGUUGCAAAAACGAAAAGAAUUACAAGAAGACCUUAAACGCGAGCGCGAGUCAGGAAAAAGAGUAAUUUUACGCUACGACAAAAUUGUGACACUAAAAACACGCGAAUCUGAAACCCGUACACCCACAGAAAGGAACAAAAAUAAACGUCUUAUGUCUAUAUCACCUGAAGAAACAUUUAAGGAAACGGGAACAGAAAGCAGCAACGAAAGGACAAAACAAAUAACUAAAAGAAACAAAUCACAAACUAUAACAAGCUUCUUACGUUUAUGUGAAACAAGAAGAGAAAAAGAAACAAUUGAAGAACACACCGAUUUUAUUUUGUUUCAUACACCUGGGACGAAAGGAAGAAAUGGAGUGGGAUUCUUAAUUAAAAAGUAUUUAAAGAAUGAUAUACUGAAUAUAAAAAGCUUUUCAGACCGUGUAGCGUUACUAGAAAUACAAACAUCUCACAACUCUACCUGGUCUUUUGUUCAAUUAUACGCCCCUACAGAGCAAAGCACUAAAGAAGAUAUUGAAUAUUUUUAUAAAACAGUGCAAUCGGCUUUGGACUCAAUCCACACUAAAAAUGUAAUUUUGCUUGGUGAUUUCAAUGCUAAAAUAGGAAAAGCUAAACAAAACGAAGGAAGAAAUAUAGGUAAAUACUCAUAUGGGAAAAGAAGCUCUCACGGCGAAAGACUAGUACAAUUCGCAGUCGAAAAUGAUUACUGCUUCAUGAACAGCAUGUUCCCAAGCAAACCACACAAAAAAUGGACAUGGCGAUCCCCUAAUAGUCAGCAUUUUAACGAGAUUGAUUACAUACUAACAAAUCAAUCCAACUGUAUAAGGAAAUUUGAUAUAAUAAAAAACCUGAACUUCAAUACUGACCACAGGAUGAUUAGAUGCGAACUAUCAUUAACUUUAAAAUCAAAAAGAAGAAAAAUAAAAUCCGUUGACUACACUAGGCAACAACUGACUAUUUCAGCGGACGACACUAGCUACUGGGGAAAUAAAUUCAUGGAAGCUGUUAAUUCACAUGUACAGCAAAAAAAAGCAAUACGACAAAGUACCUUCGAAAAAUUCAUAGAAAAGACAGGGGCUGUACGUAAAGCUUAUAAAGAGUUGAGUGAUAAGUCAGAGUGGACAGGAAAGUUGAAAAAUAAACAGGGAAUUAUUCAAUCACGACGUUCUGAUAUCAUAAAUGAAGCCACAUACUUCUACAAAACGCUCUACACUGCCACAGGUAGUACCUUUUCCUUCCCAGCCACAAAAUCGAACGAGUAUCAUAGAGCAGAUUCCAAUGUGGAGACACCAAUCAUUUUGAUUUCAGAAAUCGAACACGCAAUAAAAUCCCAAAAAAACGACAAGACCCCAGGAAGCGACAACAUUACCAACGAAAUCCUUAAAACAUUAUCCGAUGUACUUUUGAAACCUCUUCAAGUAUUAUUCAAUAAUAUACUUAGAACCGAAAAUACACCAGACCAGUGGUCAAAAGCUACAAUCAUAUUACUAUUUAAAAAGGGGGAUAGAAGUGAUCUAAGAAACUAUAGACCAAUCAGUCUCAUGUCUAAUUUAUACAAAAUCUUUUCAAAAAUCAUAUUAAGUAGGAUAACAAGAACUUUAGAAGAACACCAACCGCGCGAACAAGCAGGUUUCCGUAAAAGCUAUUCGACUAUGGACCAUAUACAAGUUGUAACACAAGUAAUUGAAAAAGCGAAGGAAUAUGGCAAGACUUUGUACAUGUGCUUUAUAGACUAUACAAAAGCAUUUGACUCUCUACAUUUUGAAGCUAUAUGGAUAUCACUUACACAGCAAGGUGUCAACCAGAAAUACGUCAACUUAAUUAAAAAUAUAUAUACAAAAUGUCUUGCUAAAGUGCGCCUAGAACGUGAAGGUACCGAAUUCCCCGUACAAAAAGGAGUAAGGCAGGGAGACCCCCUCUCACCGAAACUGUUUUCAGCAGUACUCGAAUCUAUUUUCAGAAAUCUAGAUUGGGAAUCAAAGGGAAUAAAAAUAGAUGGAGAACUGCUGAACCACUUGCGUUUCGCGGACGACAUUGUGGUAUUCGCAGGAAGUGCUACCGAAUUAGAAAGUAUGUUAAAUGAACUAACAAUCGAAAGUCAAAAGAAUGGAUACCAAGAGACAGGUCAAGGGAAAAAGGAAGACCAAGUAAAAGGUGGAGAGAUAUCUUUAACCAGAGAUGUGGACCGCUAUGGACACGGAAAGCACUGGAAAGGGAUACAUGGAAAGACGAAACAUACGGUAUCUUGUCGUAUUAACGAAUACAUCAAGGCGGUGAAAAACAACGACACCAAGAAAUCAGCCAUCGCGGAACAUCUUCUGGAAGCCGGAUCGAAUCACUGGAUUGAGUUUCAUAAUGCUCAGAUACUCGCGACAGAACGCCAUUAUAUACCCCAACUGGUACGAGAAGCCAUUGAAAUGACUAAAUAUAGUAAUUUCAAUAGGGAAGAUGGGUUACAACUGUCGAGGGUGUGGAAUCCGGUGAUUAGGUUAUGCAAACCCAUGAAUAGUGAUGUAAACAAUUCGCAAAUGCGAUACGGUAAAUGUCGUCUAUAA